UAUUAUUUGAAUGAUCCGUUAUUUAUAUGUGACCGACCGUGGGCCACUACAAAAGGAACACCAAGGGAGAUAAUUCUCUGACCAUUACGGAAUUUCACAAAACGGGAUGUGUUAAGAAAUCUUAGCGAAAUUAUGAUGGAGAGGAGCGAUCUUUUCCGUUCUCGAUAGCGUAUCAUUUUCACUGGACAUGAUGAAGAAACUAAAUUUGACUAAAAACUGUUUCAAAGGAAGCGCGUUUUAUUCAUUCUUGUGUAAAUUUAGGUCGAAAGAAAUGUCACAAGGGCGUCUUAUCAUUAUCGCCACCUUCCUCAUCAUUGCUUGUAUCAUUGCCCUCGGCCUUGGGCUCGGUUUUGUCCUGACGAGAAACCAAAACAACAACGGCACGCCCUGUGGGGAGGCGGGUACUGAGUCUGGGACGACCGACACCAACCCAACAACUCCCGGAACCACUAAUCCUCCUGGGGCCUCCCCAUCUAUUGAAGGUCACUAUCGCUACGCCGCAGUAUCAUCUGACACCGGAAGCUGCGCACAAAUUGGCAUUGAAAUCCUGGGACGUCGACAAGGUUCCGUUGUGGACGCUACUAUCGCCACCAUUCUUUGUCAAUGUGUAGAAAACAGCCACAGCUGCGGUAUAGGAGGGGGACAUUUCAUGACCAUAUAUAAUAGAGAAAAUAAUACAGCCUACACAAUCCUCGCCCGCGAAAUGGCGCCAGGGGCAGCAUCGGAGGACAUGUUUGUACCCACGGAUAAAUCAUCGACUGAGGGAGGUCUAUCGAUUGGUGUUCCUGGAGAAAUCAAAGGUCUGUACGAAGCUUGGAAAAUUGGCGGAAAACUUCCAUGGAAAGACCUCUUCCAGCCUACCAUCAAAAGACUCCGAGACGGGUUUAAAGUGAGCGAACCACUAGCGGUUGCUAUUUCACAGCAGACGACAGUGCUAAUGAGACAGGAGCAACUCAGAUUAACAUUAACAAAUCCCCAGACUGGACGGCCAUACAAUCAAGGGGAAACUAUCAAAAUGCCUCUUCUGGCAAAAACAUUCGAGGCCAUUGCAGACGAUCCGUUUGCGCUGUACAAUGGCUCCCUAGUAGAUGACGUCGUGGCGGACAUUCGGGAAGCAGGUGGAAUCAUUACUAAGCAGGACUUACAGAAUUACGUGGCAGUAAUCAAAGAGCCCCUUGUGGUUAAACUGAAUGACAAUUCUACCAUAUUCACGCCACCACCGCCAUCAAGCGGCGCAGUGUACGCCAUGAUACUAAACAUCGCAGACAAAUAUGGAUUAAAUCCAGAUAGCGUAUCAACGACCGAAAAAUCAACCUUGACCUGGCACAGGAUUGUGGAAGCUAUGAAAUUUGCGUACGCAAAACGAAGUAGUCUAGGUGACCCCGACAAAGAGAGUCAGAGUUUUAAGGAUGGAAUAGAUGAGCUGGUCAAAAAUAUGACAUCAUCAAGUUAUGCUGAUUACGUUCGAUCCAGAAUUUCGGACGACUCAACACAUGACACUAUGUAUUACGGUCCGACGUUUUACGACCAAUCAAAAACCGGAACAUCACACCUGGCAGUUUUGGCGCCAAAUGGGGAUGCAGCCUCUAUAACGAGUACCAUUAAUCUGUAUUUUGGAUCUAAAGUGGUCGGGAAAAGAACAGGGAUUUUUUUCAACAACGAGAUGGACGACUUUUCCACACCCAAUACAACAAAUUAUUUCGGAGUUCCAGCAUCUGCUGCAAAUUUCAUCAAGCCCGGGAAAAGACCUCUGUCCUCCAUGUGUCCCAGUAUAGUGGUGGACUCUGACGGACAUGUCAAGCUGGUGGUGGGAGCUUCCGGUGGAACUAAAAUCACCACCUCAACCGCUUUGGUUAGCAUUGAAACCUUGUGGUUCAAGUACGGAAUAAAGAAAGCCAUCGACCACAAACGUCUUCAUCAUCAGCUGUUACCAGCCUACAUCACUGUGGAAGAAGGAUUUGAUCCUCAAGUUAUAUACGGAUUAAGAAGGAUCGGCCACAACAUCACAAUGUCUGCCAGUGCUGGCUCUAUUGUUCAGGGUAUUCUACAACUCGAGGAAGGCAAGAUAACCGCCAACGCAGACUACAGAAAAAGAGGAGUUCCGGAUGGAUAUUAAAUAAAAUGCAUAGUCCCAUAAACGCAUUUCGUACUACAUUAACAUUAUGUUGGUUGUGUUUGCCUUACAGUGAAUGUCGAUGGUCAAAAGUGUGUCCAUUGUUAUUUUUUGUUACUUUGUUAAAAGUAAAUCAUGAAUACUAGAGACAGAUAUUUUAACAAUCUAUUAAUCAGUUUACUUGCGAAUGUACAUUUAUUAAUAGUUUUUGCAAUAUACAUUUUGUAAUCAUGUUAUGGUGUGAUCUCUAUCAACUUGUUAGCUUUGAUGUUUUUUUUUUCACUCUCAAAUAAUCCAAAAAUGAAACAGGGUCUAAAUAAGGUCAUAUCUGACCUAUAGAAGACCUAGUGGUGUUCGUGUAUGCUCAAAAUGCAGACUUUAUGGACUGUGAUACCAUUUUCAUACUGGGUUGUGUAAAACGAUAGAAUUCCACACUGCUGUUCUCAAAACUCCGAAAAGUUUUGUAUUUUACUGGAAUAUUUUGCGAAUAAAUCUAUUUUUUUAUUCAUAUAUUA